UUUUAAUCAUGUUAUUUACAAAUUCUAAUGGGUUUGAAAACUUUGGAAGGGUGACUCUGACCGAUCUCUUGUCUGAGUUUGAAGAUUUGUGUGCUUCGAUGCCCCUUUCUGAGCAAUACCAAUCUUCGGAUAGUCACAAAGAGGGAAAUGGAGAAAAUGAAAAUUCCUUUCCAGGAAUUCUGAAUUCUGAUGGGAUUAAAUUUACUUCUAAAGAAGAUGGCCUCAUUCCGUAUCUUGAAGAGCCUGAUGAUGAAAUUAGCGAAGAAUUUAGAUAUUCUGAAGAAGAUACUGGAGACUCAACAGAUUCUUGUCAGGAAAAAUAUAAACUUUCAGUAACUUCAGGCAUACAUUUGAUAAGUCAUAAAAUACUUAGUCCAAUACCUGAAGGAUCUGACAAUGAUGAAACAUUAUCUUCUUCGAAGGUGAAGUCUUCUAGCAAUAGCCAAGAUACACUCAUGGCUUUCUUACUGGAGAGGCUAGAGUCUUCCUUCUUUGAGAAAUUAUAUGCUCGGCAGACAUCUUCGAAUAGAAAGAGAGGAAGACCAAGAGUGGUAAAAGACAUUAACGUUGACACUAUCUGGAACGAAGUCCUGGAGAAGCUAAGCACAAAAGCUAAUGAAAGAAAGAUCCAAAGGACUGAUGCCAAGAAUGCUUCUAUCUGUAGAGAUGCUAAGAGAGUGGUAGACCACAUACUCAAGUACCUUGGAUCAAAAUGUAGGUAUAAGUCUACAAAAGAUACCGAUGUCAUCGAAUCUUAUGCUGAAGCAUUUACUAUUGGAUUUGUACCCACGAUCUUUGAGGGCGAAGCACUUGAAAACAAAGUCAAGACUUUCUGAGAGUUCAUUACAAUCGCAUAUCCUGAGAAAAAGGUUAAAAGUAUCCUCUCAAUGAUUACAGAAGCUGGUUUUCUAACUCCUGAUGAAAGAGACAUCUUCAUUCAUCAAAUAGAGCAAAGAAAAUCUUCUUCAAAGAUAAGCUUUCUAAACCUACUUAGACAAAAUAGGUGUUUUAAAAAGAUAUUUUUAAAACUCUUAUCUAAGCUUGAUCAGACAACUCUCAAAGACAAAGAAUCGUACAAGAGAACCCUCUCUUCCUUCAUAUCUCCAACUGCCUAAACAUCCACUUCAAAGGCUUUAAGCCAUUCCAACUUUUCCUAAAGUUUGCGAAUAGUGGCUAGUUUUUACGAAGAUUCAUUAAUUUAAAAAUUUCUCUC